AAUAUCAAGCUUCGAUCAGCCAAUCAAUACAGAAACGGAAAUGUCAUCACAGAAUUUGUUUGAGCUUUUUUCUUGGUCCCAUAUGGAUUAUGGGAAUGGUCUCAACCCAGGACCUGAAGAACAACCUCAAGAUGGCCCGGAGUACAGAGCGAAUCGUCCAGGUGGCUCUAGACUUCCAGAAGAUUUUGGACGUGAAUCUGACCAUCCGGAAAAUCUGCCAUGGUCACUCAGCCGUGAACUAGGAAGUAUUCAUAUAUUUGUUCGUUACCAAUUGCAAGUUCCAACGAAUGAAACGGGCCAUAUGUUGACACUUAGUAGUUCAUUUCGCCUCGGAGGGCCGAGUGCAGCAAUCUAUGCCUAUGCGCUCCUUGGGGUGUUGGCGACCAUGGUUCUGCAUAACAUAGCUACGAUGUUGCGCGUUUGGCCGGUUGCCGGGGCGCUUCUGCUGUAUGUCAAGCAUUUCCUGGAUGAGGAGAUUGGUAUUGUUGUCACUAUUGUCUAUUGGUUGACUUAUUGUCUCACCGCCGCGGCAUUGACUGCGACUAUAGCUGAUCUUUUGGCUAUUUUUCAUCUAUCGGAUGCGUCGACAGUCGUGAUUACGGUGGUUGUUUCCGUAAUUCCGGUCGCGUUGAACUAUUGGAGUAUAAGGGCCUUUCGACAUAUCGAGGUAGGCUUGGGUGUCUUUAAGCUAGUUGUUGCGCUUGUGAUCAUUCUAGAUAUGAAUAUUCUAAAUGCGGGUACACGCUCUCAUAUCCUCUCUGUUCUCACAAAAACAAUCAAACUGAUCGUAUACUCCUCCUUCCAGAGCAACAACCCAAUAGCACGGAAAGCGGCUGGCUGGUUUGGUGGCUUCAUGUCUUCGAUUUUUCUAGGAUCGUUUUCAAUUAUAGGUGUCGAAGUGGUUGCCGUCACUGCCCAGGAAGCUAUAAUAUACACGCGAGCCGAAGACAAUGAGGAAACAGUAACGCACGAAGAACGCCAGCCCAGAGCAAGGUCCGAGGAAGAAUUCACCGACCAGUUCUCAUGGCCUGCAAGGUGGACCCCAAUUGUUGUAACCCUGAUAUAUAUAUGGGGUGUUUGGUCAACAAUGGGAAACAUUCCCUUGGAAGACCUCAAAAUGUUCUACCCCAACAACAACCUGGCUGGAUCUGGCCAUGAUCCUUGUAAAGCCUCGAUCUUCAUUGACACAGCUUGUCCUAAUCCCUCUGGACCUGGCCAAAGCAAUGACAAUCUUACUCAUAAUCAGUUUGGUUUUUACCACCACUGCAGCGAUUUAUGUUUCUUCGAGAACGUUAAAGAACAGAUUCGGUGUACCGCAAAAGCUAUAUUUGUUUCUGCGUGGCUGUUCUGGGUCCCAUUCCUGAAGUUUGCAAAUGCAGGGACAUUCAACCAGGUCGGUUAUUGGAAUAUCCGACCCUUCUGGCUCUGGAAGUAG